AUGAACCCAGAGGAAAAUACGUGCAACAACAAAAAAGGUGGAGGUAAAGACCAGGAUGUGAAAGAUUUUCUAUAUCAGAAUAUUUUAAAGAAAAAUUUUAUUCUUUUUAAUAUAUUUAAAGGAGGGAAAAAUUCGAAGAAUGAAGAAGAUAUAAGUGAGAAUCAAAAUGAUAUAGAGGAUAUGUGUAAUAUAUCUAGAGAUAUAAAUAAUAAUAAUAAUAAUAAUAAUAUGAUAAAUAUGGAUAGAAAUAUAAAUGAUACAUCAAAUGAUGUUAAUUAUACAAAUAAUAUGAUGAAUCCAAAUAAUUUAUAUGACAUAAGUAAAUAUAAUAAUGACUGUAAUAUAUAUGAAAAUAAUAAAGAAAAAUUAUUUAAUAAUGAUUAUUCCGGAUUAAUUGAAGAACAGGACCAAGAGGUUUUUUCAUUUUUUGAUAUAUAUAAUAAUAAUAUUUAUUAUAAUCUUCAAAAUAGUGAUAUUAUUUUAAAUAAUGAAGAUGAGGAAUAUAUUUUAUUUUUAAAAUAUAUUUAUAAUGAUUUAUUAUCUUUUAUAGAAAGCAAUAAAGAUUAUUAUUUAAAUAAUUCAAAUUACAAUGAUAUGGAAGAUUUAAUAAUUAAUAUAUGUGGAACUAUAUGUCAUAAAGCUUUUAAUAAUAUAAAGAAAAUAUUUAACACAUAUGAAGAAAUAAAAAAAAAAAGAAAAAAAUAUCCUAAUCCACAUAUAAUAGAUAAUUAUAUAGUAAAAGAAGAAAAUAUUAAUCAUAAUAAAUAUAUACAUAUUAAAAAUGAAAAGAUAGAUAAUCAUAUGUUUUGUCAGAAUAUAUGUCAUAACAAAUCUAAGGUAAAUUAUUCCUCAUAUUUUUUUAUUCCUCCCUUGGAAUUUAUAGUAUCUCAUCUUAAUAAGUUACAUAAAAAAAAUACAGAUUCUUAUAACGAUAUUAAUGAAUUUCUUAAGAAUAACGAUUAUCAUACAUAUAAUUUAUUGUCUCAAAAAGAAAAAGGAAAUAAUACCAAUGUUUCUGAAGAGAUAGAAUUCUACCUUUCAUGUCUUAACCUUCAGCACAACAAAGCAAACGAUAAAACGAAACAAACAAAUCAAAUCGAAAAUUUAUACAAAAUGGAAAAUACAUUUUCUAUAAAUCUAAACGAUAAUGCGCAUCAACAAAAUGGUAUAGAUGAAAAAAAAAAUAUAUAUGUAAAAAAAGAUGAUGUGGAUAAAAAAUACGAUGUAGAUAAAAAAUACGAUGUAGAUAAAAAAUACGAUGUAGAUAAAAAAUACGAUGUAGAUAAAAAAUACGAUAUAGAUAAGAAAGAUGAUGUGGAUAAAAAAUACGAUUUAGAUGAAAAAGAUGAUGUGGAUAAAAAAAAUGAUGUAGAUAAAAAAGACGAUUUAGGUGAACAAAGAAGAGAGCAGAAUAUAUAUACCCCCAUGCAACACACAAAUUCUGUAUCAUCUUGUAAGGAAGAUAAUUGUGUUAAAACUAAAUAUUAUACACUCGAAGAAAGAACUAAUAUAUAUAGUGAUAAAGAUGAUGUAAGUAAUAACUCCUUUAAUAAGGACCAGAAAUAUUAUGAAAAGAAUUAUGAAAAUAUAAAUAAUGAAAAUAAUCAUGAAGAACAAAAAAAAAAUUAUUUAUAUCAUCUUGACGAAAAUAAACAUAUUAAUUAUAUGUUAUACAAUAAAAAGGAACAUAAAAGUAAAAUUCAGAGUGAUAAUUAUAAAGAUAUUUAUGAUCAUUAUGAAAAUGUAUGCCAUUUUAAAUCUUCUGUUUUAACUUCACAAUCAUCUGAGGAAGAGUCUUUAAAAUAUAAACAAAAAACAAAAAGGGAAAUGCACAGGGAUAUAUUCUUUUCUUCCUAUCCUAGUAAAAGCAAAGAUAACAUUGAUAUAAAUAUAAACAACAUGUAUAACAACACAUAUAAUAACACAUAUAAUAAUAUAUAUAAAGAUGUAUAUAAUAAUACAUAUAAUAAUAAUGAUGAAGUUGAACAAGGGAAUGGAGAUAAAGAUGGAUAUCAAAAUGGAGAUCAAGAUGGAGAUAAAGAUGGAUAUCAAAAUGGAGAUCAGGAUGGAGAUAAAGAUAGAUAUCAAAAUGGAGAUCAAAAUGGAGAUAAAGAUGGGUAUCAAUAUGGAUAUCAAGAUGAAGAUCAAGAUGAAGAUCAAGAUGAAGAUAAAGAUAUAUAUCAAGAUGGAGAUAAAGAUGGAUAUCAAGAUAUAUAUCAAGAUGAAGAUCCACAUGAUCAAUAUCACCCUUUUCACAAAACUACAGAUCAAAACAAUUGUAUAUAUUAUAACAUGGAUGACGUUUAUUAUAACAAAUCAUUCACAACACAUAAAAAUAUUACUAUUCCAAAAAAAAAAAAUUACAGUGAACUUAAUUAUCUUCGUGAUGAAGAUUGUUUCAGGCAACACACAAACUAUGAUACCUUUUUUUAUAGUAACUUCAAGAAAAAUAUAAAAAAUGAGAAAUAUAGUUUAUUGAAAAAAGAAGAAAACCAAAAAGGUGUUCAAUCAAUAAAAGAUGAUUUUUCAGAUAUCUACUUUUCAUGUAAUUUAGCAAAUGAUAAGCUCAUAAAUACACAAGGAGCUAAUAAAUAUAACAAAAAGAAUUAUAUAAAUAAGAUGAUUAAUAAAUAUGACGACAAUUACAAUAAUAAUCAGUAUCAUGUGUAUGAUAAAAAUGACCAUAUGCAAAGCUUAAAAAAUCAUAGAGAUACAAUUGAUGUAGAUACGAAUGAUGACGACACAAAUGAUCUGGACAUAAGUGACGAGGAAGUGUAUUAUAUGAAUAAUAAGGGAAUAUAUAUGAGCAAUGAAUGUAAAAGGGAAAUGAAAAAUUUUAAUGUGAGUGAUCAUAAUGUUGAUAAUGGGAGUGAUAAUAUGAGUUAUCAUAAUGUUGAUAAUGGGAGUGAUAAUAUGAGUGAUCAUAAUGAUGAUAAUAUGAUUCUCCACAAUGAUGAUAAUAUGAGUCUCCACAAUGAUGAUAAUAUCAUUCUCCACAAUGAUGAUAAUAUGAGUCUCCACAAUGAUGAUGACCAAGAAGAGGAACAGGAAUACUCACCUAACAUUAACUUUAAGAAUAAUAUAAUUUUAAAUGAUGGUAAUGAUUAUAAAGAAAUUAUAAAUAAUGAAAUAUAUGAACUUAAUAAUGUUAAGGAAGAAGACGAAUGCAAUAUCAUAAAAGAAAGUUAUGAUAUCCAAAGUGACGAUGAUGAUAAUAAUAAUAUUAAUAUUAAUGAUGAUCAUAAAUUUUAUUAUCGUCAUAUUCAUUCAAAUAUAAAUGAUAACGACGAAGGCUCAAAAAAUAUCCUUAAAAUUAAUGAGGAAGAAUAUCAAAAUAAAUUACAAAAAUUAUUUAUAAAAAAAACUGUAUAUGAAAAUCAAGAUCAAAGGGAUUUUACCAAAAAUGAAAAUCUACAUGAUGAUUAUUAUUAUUUUAAAUAUUUAAAUAAUAAAGAAAAUACAACUGAUCCUUAUCAUUAUACAAAAGGUUGUAAAAAAACAAAUAUUCAAGUAACACCGUCUCCAUUCCCUCAAUUUCUGAGAGAUAUACAAAUAUAUAAUAUUCCACAGAAAAAAAUACGAUUAAAAAGAACCAGCAUACCUUUGAAGAAGGAGGAAGAUAAAAACAAGGAGCAAAAAUAUAUUUAUAAUAAAACCAAAAAAAAGGACAGGAAAAAAGAAAGAAGUAUUUCUGUAGUAAGAGAAAAAGAAAACAAAUGA